AAUGGGUUCCAGAGGGUAUUGAUGCCUGCUCUAGUUACCUACAUCUGGUCGCUUGGGGAACUCUGCAUUAAUGACUAUUGUGGUUUUGGUUACACAAAAGGUGGACGCAAGCGAACUUUCUGGAAUUUGUUCGGUUGGCAACACGGAUCCAAAUGCUCUCUUGGCUUUUUCGCUCAUUCCCAGAUCUGUGCUAGUCUUUCUCGGGACCUGCUUCGUCAUUGCUGGUUUCGCCAGCAUGUGCCGUGAACGUGACAGCUUCAGAAGACGAGGCACCGACACGUCGAAAUUGGACAAACUAAUGUUUAAAAUGGGUCUUUUCUGUUUGCUAUACAUUUUUCCUGCUGUUACGCAAGUGCUUUGCGAUAUAUACGCAUUUAACACGGCCAAACGAUGGUAUCCGACGACAAUCGCAUGCAAAAGAAGUGGUGGCGUCGAAGGAGGACAUUGUCAUCGGCCACAUUUGCCACAGGCUGAGAUCUAUCAUCUGAAUCUGAUGAUGUCGUUGGCUAUGGGAGCAUCUUGUGCAAUGUGGGUACUGUCACCGAAAACGCUGCUCUCUUGGCAUCGUGUGCUUUGCUGCGGAAUGUGUCGCUCUGCUCCUCAGAAGGCUUCGGCUGUCGCUGCAACUCGUCCACUUCUCGAGCCGCCCACUGCUCCUCCACCACAUCCCCCAUCACAUUAUGUGCCGAUGUCGACACAUAGUCAGAAUGCUUGGCGACCUUCAAAAGUAGUCUAAAAACUACUUCUUGGGCGUUAUGCGU